AUGUCGGACGCACUCUCUGUCAAGAGCUCGAGCAAGAGCGUUCGAAGCCUCAAGGACAAGCUCCGCUCUACUUUUGGUAGAAAAUCAGUCGACGACACGAAUGUCCCGCGAAGGAAAAGCAGCACUGGCGAGAAUGUACCUCAAGGGCGCAAAAGCUCACAGGGAGCUUCCAUCGAUUCGAGGCAGGACUCUAUUCAAGUCGUUGCCUUCAAAACGCAAGCAGAGCGUAUCAGAGAAGCAAGAGAGACUGGCCCAAAAAUCGAUAAACAGACUGGAGAGCUUCUGGACGGCACUACGAUGCUGCACAGUCUUGCGCACGACUCUUUCGAUACUGUCACUGAGAUAUUGAACAAGUACGAGUUGGAUCUAAAUCGUCCGCCUGGCGAAGCUCAGAUUGCUAGCUUGUCUCCUCAGUUAUGGAGUCAAAUUACAGAGCAUAUCAGCUUGGUUGAUCGCGCCUGCCUUGCUCUUGCGUCCAAGACUUUGAUGGACCGUGUGGGGUCUUCUUGUUUGGCAACCAUCAAUCAUCCUGAAAAUACAGCAUACAGGCUCGCAUUCUUACACCGGCUGGAGGACAAAUUGCCGAACCAUUUAUUCUGCUUCGUCUGCAACAAAUACCAUCUACGAACGAUGAAAGGCGAGGAAAAACUCAGGCCUGCCAGCGUACUCAAUCCUCUUUUCAACUGCCCAAAUGCCACCAACAACCUCAUGCCUCAACCAAGACUGCGCAUCACCACUGGCCGCACACUCCCCUUCAACUUUGUCCAACUCGCCCUUAAAGGCAAGAAAUACGGUCUAGACUACGGAAUCGACGCAACGACAAUGGCACGUCUCUGGAGAGAACAACACGAACCCAGAUGGAUCCACAGCACGCGCUACUUUGUCUUCAAAGGCCGUCUUCUAAUGCGCGUUCAGAGUACUUGCUUUACAAAGGCAGGACUAACUCCAGCUGGCGAGCGCAUGCUUCUCUACAGUCGUGAAGACUACUUGCCUUACUUUUCCGCUUGUGCGCACUGGAGAGAUGGCUUGUUGAUGAAUAUCUGCAAGUGUGCGUUGAGUCAUCUGCCAGUACCGCCGGAAAAGUCGUUGCAAGAGGGGUUGGCAAAGGUUGCUGGGAGACGACCAUCGCAAGGUGCAAUCAUUAUAUUGUGCUCGAAUUGUCGUCCUAUGCGUCGUUGUCCGUCGUGUCCGACAGAGUAUCUGGUGGAAGUCAAGUUGGCCGAAGACAGGUCGGAGAAGGAUCCGACGAAGUUGUUCAAACAUGCCAUUGUGGUUACACGAUGGAGUGAUCUUGGAGAUGGAUCUUCUCCUGAGACUCCCGAGUGGGCGGCUGUCACUGGUGCAAAAGACGAUUAUGACUCUUUGUCUUCGAUCGGCACACGAGCUAUUUCGGGCACUUUCGAAAGUCAGUCAGCAGACACUGGUCCUGGACAAAGAAUUUUGAACCUCAACCCCAAAGAUGAACACAAGGGAGAGGAGGGCCACGACUGGUACUAG